AACUCGACUUAAUCUGAUCUGAUCAGAUGUUCCUCCUGAAUUCUCUGUGGGCUCCAGAAGGGACAGAACUCUAGGCCAAUAGGAGCAGAGGAUACUGACGCGUCACUGCACGUUGAGCAAAUGGUACUUUAGUGGGCGGGGCCUCGCGCCCGGCUAACGUAAGCGUUGUCGUUGGGAGGAAGAAGCCGAUUCUGGAAGCCAUUACGUUGCGCACUUAAGUUGAGUAAAUUCUACUGUUUUUGCGUACAAUACGCACUUUUAGCUGCGUUUGGGAGCGUUUCCUGACGUCAUGGCAUCGGCCGCCAAAAAGAGGAAAAUGAACUUCUCGGAGCGGGAGGUGGAGAUAAUCGUGGAGGAGAUCGAGAAACAAAAGCACACUCUGGUGAGCCACUUCAACGCGGGAGUGACUCACAUGGCCAAGAACAACGCGUGGAUGGACACCCUGAAGAAGGUGAACGCCGUCACCACCUGUCCGCGCGAGCUGCCCGAGAUCAAGAAGAAGUGGUCCGACAUGAAGACCGAGGUCCGGCGGAAGGUGGCCCAGGCUCGGGCGGCCAUAGAGGGCACGGCCGCCGACUGCACCCCGGUUCCGGUCAUCCUCACCGCCAUGCAGCAGCGGAUCUGCAACCUGCUGGGAGAAGCGACCAUCAUCAGUUUACCUGGCGGAGAUUCGGAGGCGGAGCUAAGUUUACCUGUGACUGUAAACGCUGGCGCCGCCGUGACUUUGACGGAAGCUCUUCCAGACGCUGCAGGAACCGUCUGCAACGACAACAAACCACUGACAGCUGAAACCACCUUCCACACCCUGGAGGACGGAGGUGUGGUGGAGUACUGCACAACCAGCAUGGGUGACCCCACCCCCACCGUGGUGACUGCUGUUGAAACUCCGAUGGAAAUGCUGGCCUCGUCCUCGUCCUCUCCGCCUCUGGUGCCGUCUCAGGUCAAACCCCAGGAGCUGAAGAGCCGGAUCGCCCUGAACUCUGCCCGCCUGCUGCAGGAGCAGAGAGUCACCAACGUGCACGUGCGACAGAUCGCCCAGCACCUGGAGGGUCAGAACGAGCUGCUGCAGAUGAUGCGGCGCUGUCAGGAGGUACAGGCGCUGGCCCAGGAACGCCAGGCCCAGGCUCUAGAGGGGACCCAGGCCGCUUUGCUCGCUUUGGUUCAGAUGCUCAGACCGGCUCUGAAGGACCUGAGAAAGUUUCUGCAGAGUGGGUCAGAGGUGACAAACCCCAAUGGUCCAGGAUCAGGAGCAGCUGCUGAUGGAGCUAGUACCGAGGAGCAGAUACGACCCAAAACACCUUCACAGCAAACGGAGGAGACCCAGUGAGCCAGGUCUGUACACAAGACACUACAGGACCUGAACUCGAAGUCUUGAAGUUCUUAUUCAUGAUGGUUCUGACAGACUGUUCAAUACAUUGUCAUCAUGACCGGAACAUUAAGGUUCGCCCAGGAGAGACCGGGUCCAGAAUCCAUCAGGUCUCUGAAUCAAGUCUGGGUCUAAUCUGGUCUCAGGCUCUGAUAGGGUCUCAGGGUCAGGUUUGAGUCUGAUCGAGUCUCAGUUCAGGUCUGGGUUCUGAUCAGGUGUACGGGUCUGAUCAGGUCUCUUGGUCAGGUCCAGGUCUGAUCGGGAUUCUUGGUCACAUCGGGUCUCUUGGUCAGGUCUCUGUGUCUGAUCGGGUCUCUGGAUUCUGAUCAGGUGUACAGUUCUGAUCGGGUCUUUUGGUCAGGUCUGGGUCUGAUCGGGUCUCUCGGUCAGGUCCGGGUCUGCUGUUCCACCAGCGGGGGUGCUGUGUGACCAGCUGAUUUGAGAAUCCUCUGAUGGUCACCUGAUACAGCAGACCGAUAAUGCGAUCUUUUCUUUUCUCCUUCCUGUUUAGAGGCUGUUUUCUACUCGUUUGAUUAAGUUUCAGCUUCACAUCAACGAUAAACCUGCUGUCGUUAAACUGCUUUUUAAUAAAAGGAAUUCAUGAAUCUGA